GCCGCACCUGCCCGCGCGGGGGCGCGCCUGCGCUCGGAGCCCAGCCCGCCGGCGCGGCGCUCCUUGGCUCCCUCGCUCGCUCGUCUGCCCGCCCUCCGGCUGACGGCGCUCACCUGUCUGGGCCGCAGCCCCGGAGGCGGGGGGCCGGCGGGAGCAAGGCCGAGGAAGAGGGCGGAGCGGCUCUCCCGGCGCGUCAUCGGAGCACCAUGGCGGAGCUAGGAGCUGGCGGCGAUGGCCACAGGGGCGGCGACGGCGCUGUGCACAGCGAAACAGCGUCUGACAGCAAUAAAGUGCAAGAUAAGAAAACUGCCCCAAACCGGUCUUCCACUGCUACGCCUGGACAAAAUAGCAGUCACUCAGGAACUAAACCAGAUCCCCCGCCUGUGCUUCGGGUUGAUGACCGGCAGCGGCUGGCCCGGGAGCGUCGCGAGGAACGGGAGAAGCAGCUAGCUGCAAGAGAAAUCGUCUGGUUGGAAAGGGAAGAGCGCGCCAGGCAGCACUAUGAGAAGCACCUGGAAGAGCGGAAGAGGAAGUUGGAGGAGCAGAGGCAAAAGGAGGAGCGGCGCCGAGCUGCAGUGGAGGAGAAGCGCCGGCAGCGGCUAGAGGAGGACAAGGUACGCCAUGAAGCCGUCGUCCGACGUACAAUGGAGAGGAGCCAGAAGCCCAGGCCGCAGGCCAACCGGUGGUCGUGGGGCGGCCCUCUGCACGGGAGCCCCGGCCUCCACAGCGCAGAUCCAGACAGGCGGUCAGUUUCCACCAUGAAUCUUUCGAAACAUGUUGAUCCCGUCAUUAGCAAGCGGCUCUCCUCUUCAUCUGCAACUUUGCUAAAUUCUCCAGAUAGAGCUCGCCGCCUGCAGCUCAGCCCGUGGGAGAGCAGCGUUGUUAACAGACUCCUGACGCCCACACACUCGUUCCUGGCCAGAAGUAAAAGCACAGCUGCCUUGCCCGGAGAAUCAGCAUCUUGCAGCCCCAUCAGCAUGCCCUCCAAAGCCGCACACUCUAGACACCCGGCGGAUCGACCAAAACUCUUUGUAACACCAUCCGAGGGUUCUGCACGCAGGAGGACCAGUCAUGGCACAGCGGGCUACAAGAGAGAAAGAGAGCGAGAGAACAUCCCCUUCCACCUCACAUCCAGCGCCCGACGGGCUCUGUCUCCAUCGAAUCCCAAAGCGAGGUCGCCGGCAGCCUCCCGACUUUGGCUCCCGUCCAAGUCCUUUCCUCACUUGCCUGGCACACCCCGCCCGGCAUCCUCCCUGCCUCCUGGCUCCGUCAAAGCUGCUACCACUCAGGCCCGCCCCCCAUCCCCUGGCAACAUUCGCCCCCUCAAGAAGGAAGUCAGAGUGGAACCGGAAAAAAAGGACCCCGAGAAGGAGCCUCCGAAAGUUGCCAAUGAGCCCUCGGUCAAGGGCAGGACAGCUCUAGUGAAGGUGGAAGAAGCUAUGGCUGAAGAGGGGACACCUGGCGAGCCUGAAGCCAGCGCUGCUGAUCUUCUCCUUGUACCUGUUCCUACAGCUGCUCCACCUGCAGCAGCAGCUCCACCCACGGGCCCAGCUCAGGCCCCCGCCCCAUCCCCCACUGUGACCGCUGUGACUGCUGUCGCUUCUCCAAAGACCUCUGCAGGCACCACUGACCCGGAAGAGGCCACCCGACUGCUCGCUGAGAAGAGGCGGCUGGCCCGAGAGCAGAGAGAGAAGGAGGAGAGAGAGCGGCGGGAGAGGGAAGAGCUGGAAAGACAAAAGAGAGAGGAACUGGCUCGAAGGGUGGCUGAGGAGAGGACCCGCCGCGAAGAGGAGUCCCGGCGAAUUGAGGCCGAACAAGCCCGGGAGAAGGAGGAGCAGCUGCGGCUCCAGGCUCAAGAGCGUGAGCAGCGAGAGCGGGAAGAGAAGGAGCGCGCCCAGAAGCAGAAGGAAGAAGAAGCUCGUGUUCGCGAAGAGGCAGAGCGGGUCCGGCAGGAGCGAGAAAAGCACUUCCAGAAGGAGGAGCAGGAGCGCCAGGAGAGGAGGAAGAGACUAGAGGAGAUUAUGAAGAGAACCCGGAAGUCAGAAGCCACAGAUAAGAAAACCGUUGAUCAGAGAAAUGGUGAUAUCCUCAAGGGAGCUGUCACUGGAGGAACAGAGGUUUCUGCACUUCCAGGAGGUAUGACAGACUCAACAGGAAAUGGAGCCCCGGUGACCAGCCCACAUGGGGUCACCUCACACCCAGCAAAAGUGACCAUGGAGAGCACUCCCAAUUUGGAAAAACAACCAAAUGAGAAUGGAGUCUUGAUUCAGAAUGAAAAUUUCGAAGAAAUUAUAAACUUGCCCAUUGGAUCAAAACCAUCCAGACUAGAGGUCACCAACAGUGAGAACCCAGAAAUCCCUUUGAAACCCAUAUUGGCCUUUGAUGAUGAAGGGACACUUGGGUCCCUGCCUCAGGUAGAUGGAGUUCAAACACAACAGCCCGCAGAAGUUAUAUGAGCAUUUCUUCUGAAGAACCAAAGCAGAAAUUUGAUAAGAAUUUCUAC